CCUACGGGAAGCCAACGAGCAGAACUUGAGAGCAACACUACAUAGAACUCUUCUCAUCUCUGCUCCCAAGCAGUGGGGUUUUAAAUAUAGCCGCAGUGGCCUCUCAAUUUUUCGGCAUUAAGUACUGAGCAGGGCUCAAAGGGAAAGAGGAGGGAGAGAUGAAAGGGAAAGAGAUAGAAGAGAAAAUCAUCAAUAAAAAUUAACACUUCAGAAUGAACCGCCCUCAGAAUAGGCUCCGUGUUUGUAAGGGAACUCCCCUCAUUUCCUCCCGUCCGCACCGCCUUUCUCUUUGCCACAAAAACACUCGCCCUUCGCUGACACGCACGCACUCUAAAGCGCUUCUCUUUCCAAGCGCCAACGUGAAGCGAGGAGCUUAGGGUCUGUGUCCGGCGCUGCCUCACAACUCGGGCCAGGAGAACAAGAAGCUGUAGAAUUGCAUUUCAUUGGCUAACUUUUAAUUUUAAUGCUUGUAUGUCUCAGUGGAAUCAAGUCCAGCAGCUAGAAACAAAAUUUUUGGAGCAGAUAGACCAGAUUUAUGAUGACAAAUUUCCCAUGGAAGUCCGACACCGGCUAGCACAAUGGAUUGAAACCCAGGACUGGGAGUCUGCAUAUAACAAUGAACCAAUGGCAGCCAUCCUCUUGCAGAACUUACUAAUAAAGCUGGAUGAACAUUUAGACCGAGUUUCCCAAGAGAAGAAUCUCCUCUUAAUACACAAUCUAAAGAGAAUCAGGAAAGUUAUUCAGGGAAAAUAUCAGAGUAAUCCUAUGCACAUCGCAGUGGUUGUUUCAAACUGUUUAAGAGAAGAAAGAAGAGUAUUGGCGUCAGCCAGCAUGCCUGUACAGGGACCUCUAGAAAAGUCACUACAGAACAACUUGGGUUCGGAAAGACAAAGAAAUGUUGAACACCAGGUGUCUACAGUUAAGAACAGUGCACAGAUGACUGAACAAGAUGUCAAAUAUUUAGAAGAUUUGCAAGAGGAGUUUGACUUCAGGUAUAAAACAAUACAGAGCAUAGAACAGAAUGACAAAAACAGUGUUGCCAUGAAGCAUGAGAUGCUGGUGUUGCAGGAAAUGCUCAAUACCUUAGACUACAAGAGAAAGGAAGUUCUCAGUAAAAUGGCACAAAUAAUCAAGGAAGUUGAAGGCUUGGUGAAUAACAUGCUAACAGAUGAAUUACUGGAUUGGAAGAGGAGGCAACAAAUCGCCUGCAUUGGAGGGCCUCUACACAGUGGGCUUGAUCUGCUGCAAAACUGUUUCACACUGAUGGCAGAGAGUCUUUUUCAAAUAAAAAGACAACUGGAGAAACUGGAUGAGCUUUUGCUUAAGCUCACAUAUGAGGGAGACCCCAUUCCACUGCAAAGACCUCACUUGUUGGAAAGAGUAAAUUUUUUGCUUUACAGCCUCUUCCAAAGUUCAUUUAUAGUGGAGAGACAGCCCUGUAUGCCAACCCAUCCUCAGAGGCCUUUGGUUCUUAAAACUUUAAUACAGUUCACUGUCAAACUUAGGCUGCUUAUUAAAUUACCAGAGCUGAACUACCAGAUCAAAGUGAAAGCUACUAUUGACAAGAAUGCAUCUAUUGUAAGCAAUCGCAGAUUUGUUCUUUGUGGCACGCAUGUGAAAGCAAUGAACAUGGAUGAAUCUGCAAAUGGGAGUUUUUCUGUGGAAUUUCGACAUUUGCAACCAAAAGAAGUGAAAUGUACUGGAAACAAGGGCAAUGAGGGCCCUCAAAUGGUGACCGAAGAGCUACACUCUAUAACAUUUGAAACACAGGUCUGUUUAUAUGGACUGACUGUAGACCUGGAAACGAGUUCUUUACCAGUAGUGAUGAUUUCCAAUGUCAGCCAAUUGCCCAAUGCUUGGGCUUCUAUUAUCUGGUACAACUUGUCAACAAAUGAACCCCAGAACUUGGCUUUCUUUAAUAAUCCACCACUUGCCACUUUGAGUCAACUCUUGGAAGUACUGAGCUGGCAGUUUUCAUCAUAUGUUGGCCGUGGACUCAAUUCUGAUCAACUUGGUAUGCUGGCAGAAAAACUUACAGGACAGCAAGUUAGUUAUGGUGAUCAUCAACUUUCCUGGUCAAAGUUCUGCAAGGAGCACUUGCCCGGUAAAUCAUUUACAUUUUGGGUAUGGCUUGAAGCAAUCUUGGACCUAAUUAAAAAGCAUAUUCUUCCUCUUUGGAUUGAUGGAUGUGUUAUGGGUUUUGUGAGCAAAGAAAGGGAACGAGGUUUGCUUAAAGAUAAGAUGCCUGGAACAUUUUUAUUGAGGUUUAGUGAAAGCAACUUAGGAGGGAUUACUUUUACUUGGGUAUCCAAGUCAGAAAAUGGGGAAGUAAAUUUCCAUUCUGUCGAACCAUAUAAUAAGGGUCGUUUAACUGCACUGCCGUUUGCUGACAUUUUACGAGAUUACAAAGUUAUUAUGGCAGAUAAUGUUCCCGAAAACCCACUGAAAUAUCUUUAUCCAGAUAUCCCCAAAGACAAAGCCUUUGGAAAGCACUAUAGCUCUCAGCCAAAUGAAGUGCCAAGAUCUACAGAAGGAGGAACCAAAGGCUACGUCCCCUCUGUAUUUAUUCCAGUCUCCAAAAUCCUGAAUGAUUCUACAGACCCAUCUUCUCCAUCAGACCUUCUUCCCAUGUCUCCAAGUGUCUAUGCUGUCUUGAGAGAACACCUAAGCCCUACUGUAAUGGAAACUGCUUUGAGUUCUCCAUAUUCAACUGACUGACAUUCAGACACUGAAGAUUCUAAAGUGCAGAUGUAUGCUUUUAAAUGGAAACAUUCCAAUGAAAAUAUUGUUCUUGUUUCCUUUGUAAAUGUAUGUACUCUGUAGAGCUUGGGUGAGGAACAGUUGGUCCUCCAGAUGUUGCUGUAGUACAACUGCUAUCAUCAAUAACUGUUGGCCAUCCUGGCUGGGGUUGAUGGGAGUCCAACAACAUCUGGAGGGCCACAGGUUCCCCAUUCCUGCUCUAGACACAUAAUUAUUUUCUUUGGUCUAACUUUGCUUUUCAUAAAUUAAAUCAAUACUUGGCCUGGUUCAGACAUAACACUAAGCCAUGGCUUAGUGCUAUGAGGAGAAGCUGUAGUGAGCUUGUGGUGUGUACAUGCACAUACACACACACACACACAGCUCUCCACAAUUUAAUCCUGGGUUGUUUAAUAGUGGGCAUAAAUCACAAUCUCCUCAGCUUUGGCACAGCAGAAAACUGCAGUUAAUCUAAGACUGAAAAUGGAAGCAUUCCAUUUCCUCACAUCAUUCAUGAAAGACUGUGGUAAUAUGCAAGCCUGAGGCCCACUUUAGCUUGUUCCCAUAACACUAAACCCUGGUUUAUUGCUAUGUCUGAGCUGGGAUUAGGAGAAGAAACUUUUGUACAUGGAAGAAGUGGCACUGAAAAAUUGAGAAAUUAAUGUACUACUGAAAAACUAGGCUCAAAUUAGUUGCACAGGGUGAUAAAAAUGUUAAUUCAACCUUAUACUCUCUCUAUAGUAGUGUUAUUACUAUUGAAGGUAGUAGUCAUGCAUAACUAUUUAUUAGUUGAUUUUCAUAGAGUUGGAAAGGGCCGAUAUAAUUUAAUGGAGAAUUAUGGUAGAAUUUCUGCUGCGGUUCACAACCUCUAUUUCCCUCUCCCAAAACAAAUUGGGAUUCUGUGUUGUAGCUCUGUUAAUUCUGGAUUAUGACCCAACGUUCUGGCAGCAUUCCAAAAUCCAAAUCCUGAGUCCAAUGUGCAUAUGUUUAAAUCAGCCGUAAAACUAUAAACUAGCAUGACUGCAAGCAAAAUAAUUAUGCAUGAAAUCAUCUUGGGUCUUUAAUUAAAACUGAAUUUGGGUGUGCUUAGUGUCUUAUAUAAUGACUUUUUAUUGUUAUU